UUGCGAGGGGUUGGUUAACGUAUAAAUACAACCUCCGAGGGGUUGUAGAGUCAAGUUCCUUGGAGCGUUCACGAAAUCGUAUUUUGAAACAUUUGAGAAGGUUGGUCAACGUUGUACAACGAUGAAAUAUUUUGCAAUUGCUGUGAUCUUUGGCUUGUUUGCCAUCUCCCAGGCAAUGCCUGUUGAGGAAGACAGCAGGUUAGAAUUAACACUUGUAGUGAUUCUGUCAUGUAUACUUUUGGGGGGAAGAAGUCGAAGCGGGACGACCUCGCCCAUUUGUGUGCGACGAAACCGUCUCUACAUAAAAUCGUAGCUCAUUAAACCUCUGGUUUCGGUGAAUUAAACAUCCUAGCCUGUGUAAUUGAUAUAUUAGCCCUUUGUGAGAGAGGCUCCCCACUAAACUGUCGACAAGAUCAAAUUUGAGUUGUGCCCUUUGCAAUUCAGCUCUUGGCUCCCCCUUCCACCCUUACCUGCAUAACGUGAGAUUGGUAUUUUAAUUCCAAUUUUUUUCGCACCUCUGACGAUAUAUUUAAUUUCAGGGAAAAAAGAUUCAACCCGUUCUUGUUCGGUGCUCUCAAAUUGGCCCAAGGCGCAUGUAGUGGCAUCACAAAUUCUGGCCAACGUACGUAAGAUUAAACUUAAAAAUAAAUUGUUCAGGAAUUUUGUGUUUUCAAAUCAGGGUGCGAUAAUUUAAAAAUUUUAGUCGUGUCUGACUGGUACUCCAAUUGUUAUUUUUGCGUUAUUGAGCUGGUACAAAAUAAAACUCAUAAAACAUGGCCAACUUAGGAAAUGUUCAUUUAUAAUAUUUUUGUUUGUGGAAACACAACGUAAAUUUAUUACUGCAAAGCUUUCGAUCCGUAAGCCAGGAUCUUCAUCAGUGCUAAUAAUAUGUGUUUUCCAUAGGUAUUUGGUGUUUCCACAAACAAAAAGUAUUCUAUGUUUCAUCGCCAUGCAAUCUCACAAAGAACUUAUGUUCAUUUAUGUUUUAUUAUACUAUAAUUAGUAUGGAUAUACUAUAGAUUUACAGUAUAGUGAUGCAAUUAGCCUUUUCCCAAAAGAGAUCACAGUGCAUUCUGGGAUCGUUUGGAGGGACAAAAUAUAUGGUGACUAGCGUCAAAUAUGUGAAAGAGUAGAAGUAUCUUCUAUCAAAUAUCAACUUUUUAGACGACCAAAAAUGAAAUAUCUCCUUUUUAUACAUUAAACUUUUAAUUUAAAUGUGUGCUGCCAUAUUUCGUGUCCCUCCAACACUGGAUUUGCGCGACUAGACCCAGGACUUUGGGAAAUGGCUAAUUGCAAAUUUCAAAGUAUGGAUUUCAUUAUUUUUUUCCAGUGAGAAACAGUGCAAUCUCCGCCACAAUUUUACUAUAGUUUGCGCAGGGCUUUACAAUUUAUGUGAUUUAUUUAUUUUAUGGAUAUAAUUUUCAGCUGUCGACCCCUUGAUCGGGAGAGCAUGCACUUGCCUGAAUGCUGCUGGUGGUCUUCUCGGGGAUGAAAGGUAAAGACUCGUUGCGCGAUUUUUGGAAGACUGAGGCAGAUAACACAAACCGAGGCCUUAUUAAUUAAUCGUACCAUAGGCAGCCCAAUGUUAGGGUUGCCUGCCUGCGCGCGGGCGAGGCAUUGUAUAGUUGUAUUAUUUCUUAAGGUAAGCAAGUGCAAUUAAACUAACGAACAAACAAACAAACAAACAAACAAACAAACAAACAAACAAACAAUCCAAAAUACUUCAAAUAUGUUUACAUCUACGCUAAAAUAAUCACGGAAAUAAAAUCUACGAUACUUUUACUAAAUACUAACAAUAUUUUAACGUACAAAACAAAUUUGUAAUGCGAGAAAAAUACGAAAAGUUUUUGCAUUUUUUUUCAAUUUCUGAAUUAAACCGUCAAAAUGACAGCCAAUGAGAUUGGAAAUUCGUCAUUUGAAACGCCAUCAAAAACGUCGAGGGCGAGUCCAGCAUCGUCUCAUUCAGAAAUUGAAAAAAAAAAUGCAAAAACUUUUCGUAUUUUUCUCGCAUUGCAGGUUUGUUUUGUACGUUAACAUAUUGUUAGUAUAUAGUAAAAGUAUCGUAGAUUUUAUUUCCGUGAUUAUUUUAGCGUAGAUGUAAAGAUAUUUGAAGUAUUUUGGAUUGCUUGAAGGUAUAUGUAUCGUUAGUUUGAUCAUAGGCAGCCCAAAAAUGCGUGUUGAAAUUUUUACCCUCGCGCGUGGCGCUCGGACAUGCAUCGAGUCUACUCAGUUUAUUAUUAUGACUAAUAAACUGAGUAGACUCGAUGCAUGCCCGAGCGCCAGGCGCGAGGGUAAAAAUUUCAACACGCAUUUUUGGGCUGCCUAUGGUUUGAUUGUAUUUGCCUACCUUAGGAAAUAAUACAACUAUACAAUGUUUUUCAAUAUACCACGAAAUUACAAAAACGUGUCAUGACUCCAAAUUUGGGUACCGAGCGGAUAUGAUGAUUUCACUGACAGCUCUUAGCCAAUCAAAACUCUUGAAUUAUUUUCAAUGAAUACUAAACAAUUUUAGACUUUACCUAGCCUGCGAACAGGCUCUCAAGCUGAAUUGAGAGCCUGCAUCGAUGACUAAUGAAUUUGAAUAUCUGCGUCUCAAAUCGUGACGCGAAAUUCUCAUUGGUCAGAUGCUAUAAUUUAUAUUAUUCGGCUGAGCUCUAUAUAUGUCAACUGCUAGCACUAUGCAUAAAAAAAACACAUUAACUGAUCAAAUUGAUCUUGGCCAUCUUUCCAAUUAUCUCAAAGGACGAAAUGUUCUGUUUUGAGAAAACAGUAUUUAAAACAUUUAAACUUUUGCUUCAAUAUCUUAUAUUUCGAAAAACAGUAUAAACUGUACGGUCUAAAUUUAGUUUGCAUGGUCUAAAUUUAGUUUGCACGAAAGUUGUAAACAACACCAUAUAAGGAUAGACAUUCCAUAUUUGGAAAAACGAACGUUACGGGGCAGAUAUUCAAAUUCAUUAGUCAUCGAUGCAGGCUCUCAAUUCAGCUUGAGAGCCUGUUCGCAGGCUAGACUUUACCAGGAGCAGCUACGAAAAAUGCAACUGCAGAGUAGUAUAGGUCCUCUGGCAGGAAUCGAAUUUGCGGCCCUACGAUUCCGGUGCAGCGCUAAUUGUUAGCAGUCAGGCAUUGUUACAGGGGACAUUUCAAGCUCUAGAUUAACAAAAUAAAGUUUUGACGAGUGUUCCAACUAUGGUUUAACUUAAAUAGAAUACGUGAUAGUGUUGGGAAAGCAUUAAGAACAGCUAACCAGACUCUCAUCCUCGUUUCAUCUCCGCCUUAUAUAGUGGACCUGUAAUUGUUUUGCUAAUUUUAUUUGCAGCAUGUCGUCGGAAGAUAAACGUUUCCUCUUUGGUGGUGGUUUCAACCUAAAUGUUGCGAUUGGACAAGUGAUGAACAUCGUGAAAAAUGUUUGCGGCAGUGCUCCUCCACGUAUGAAAGAGACAUACAAGCUUAAUAACUAUUCAUUAAGAAAAUUUAAAAAAAAAUAUUUAACUGAUGAGGUCUUGUAUCCAAAUAUACAAAAUUUUCCCGAAUUGCAAAAACUUAGCCUGUGCACAUCCUGUACAGGGUAAUACAGGAUGUGCACAGGCUAGCAAAAACUUAGUACCUCGAUUUUCUCAGUUCAAAUCACAACUGUUGAAAUCCUUAAAAGUUAUAUACAUCAAUUUUCAACCUCUCCCCCUUCGGCUUGAGUUUGUAUAUCUGAUACACUACACUGCCUCUAGAUACUGUAUAUAUAUAUAUAUAUAUUACAUAAAGUUCGUCAGGUAUCAAACCACCUGAUUUCCGUUGUGUUUGGAUGCUCAUGAAUUUUUAAUUUGUUUUUUAAGAAUUCGCCGACUUGUGCCAGUGCAUCACAGGGUAAUUCUGCGAUCAACUAGUUUGUAGAAGGUAUGUUAAAGUUUUGUCAAUAAAACAGUGAAUAUUUUAAACGUUUUAGGCGAGACUUUUUUUAUUUAUUGGUUUACGGAUUUGACUUCAAAAAUAAGAGGUCGGUAGGUCGGAAAAAAAUUUAAAAAAAAACGAACUGAGUAUAAACGAGAACCGAAAUUAAUAAUCUUUAUAAAUUUUUUUAACGUCAAUUUAAAAAAAAACCCGCAAAAACCGUGGCUAAUCUACAUAUUGAUUGUCACAACGAUAACAUGAGCCAGCAGUACGUAGAGUCAAAGUUCACUUGAAGUGUACUUCAUGUCAGAACCCCAAAUUAAUUAAAAUUAACUCUAAAAUUGUAAAAUUUUUGACAUCCAAAUUUUUUUUUUAUUUUUCACUUUCUGAAUAUUUACGGUCGGCGGCUCCGUAAACCAAUGAAUAAAAAAAGUCUCGCCUUACAGUGGCGGGCCAAAGCCAAGAUUAGGGCCCGGUGCGGGCUCCCCAUGCAGAGUAAGAUUUAGGUCCUGUUUCCUUCCCUCCCCCACAGUAUACAUGUUAAAAUAUGCCUUGCAGUAAAAUACUUAAUCAAUAACCGGUUAUAAAACUUGUAAAGUAAAGUAACACAUUAAAGCUGCUUUAAAGUGAUAUUUGUCUUAAAUUUAGAUGGACUCAGGAAAAAUGGAAUUAACGAACUUUAAAGUAGAUGAUGAACAAUUAGUAAAUCAAAUACUGUGAUUGUAUGAAUGAUUUAAACUCAAUAAAACGCAUUUAAAAAUCAUUAAACUCUUACAG